GGAACUAACCAUUUCACUGGGAUAAUUCCACAAGAAAUUGGAAAUCUUGUUAAUUUGGCAGAGUUAGGCAUGGAGGAUAAUCAGAUUACUGGCUCUGUGCCGAUCUCCAUAUUCAAUAUCUCAUUGCUGCAAACUUUGACACUGGAGCAGAACAAUCUUAGUGGAUUCUUACCACGGGAGAUUGGCAACUUAACCAAGAUGCAAAUUUUAUAUCUUGACGAAAAUAGAUUUACCGGUGAAAUACCCAAAGAGAUAAGAAAUCUCGUUGAGUUGGAGACACUUGAUCUUAUGGUUAAUAGUUUUAGUGGUCGACUUAAUAUGGAGAUCUUCAACAUAUCAGGGCUAAGAAUAAUUUCUCUUACAUUGAACAAUCUAUCAGGAAGCCUCCCACCAAAUAUGUGUUCUAUCAUACCCAAUCUUGAAGAGCUUUAUCUAGAUGGCUUAACCAAUCUUGGUGGGACUAUUCCUCAUUCUAUAUCCAUUUGUUCAAAAAUUAAUAAUCUAGAUCUUGCAGGCAACAAACUCACUGGCUUGAUUCCCAACUCACUUGGAUAUUUGACUCAUCUACAGUAUCUAAAUUUAGGGGGAAACAAUUUAACCCGCGACUCUUCAAUAAGCUUGCUGACUUCCUUAACCAAUUGCAUAAAUUUAACGUUUCUUGAUAUAUCUUUCAACCCUUUAUUUGGCAUGCUUCCAGCCUCCAUGGGGAACCUUUCCACAUUUCUUAAAAAAUUUUAUGCCAACAAUUGCAAAAUCAAAGGGCGAAUUCCAAAAGAGGUUGGGAACUUAAGCAGCUUAUUAUUCCUUGAUCUUUCUUGGAAGAACCUUAUCGGAUCGAUUCCAACAUCAAUUGGCAACUUGAGAGACCUUCAACGGUUCAACUUGAGUCGCAACAAAGUAACAGGAGUUAUUGGAGAUCAUAUAUGUAAAUUGCAGCAUUUGGGUGAAAUUUACUUGGGUCAAAAUCAACUUUUAGGAUCUUUUCCUAAUUGUUUAGGGAAUAUUACUUCCCUUAGGGAGAUGCAUCUGGGUUCCAACAAAUUGAGUUCCAAUAUACCACCAAGCUUAGGGAACCUUCAAGAUCUAGUGGUUCUUGACCUAUCGUCAAAUAACAUGGUAGGUUCUUUACCUCCAGAAAUUGGAAAUCUAAAGGCUGUAACAAAGAUGGAUCUAUCUAUGAAUCUAUUCUCAAAUGGAAUUCCAAGAGAAAUUGGAGGAUUGCCAACUCUGGUGCACCUUUCUUUGAAACACAACAAGUUGCAAGGAUCUAUACCUGACUCAGUGAGCAACAUGGUAGGUUUGGAACUCCUAGACCUUUCUCAUAACAAUAUAUCUGGAAUCAUUCCUAAGUCUCUGGAGAAACUUCAAAACCUGAAGUAUUUCAAUGUUUCUGUCAACAAAUUGUAUGGUGAAAUACCCUCAGAGGGUCCUUUCAAGAACUUCUCGAGUAAGUUUUUCAUCUACAAUGAAGCAUUGUGUGGUUCUUCAAGGUUUAGAGUCCCACCAUGCCCCACUUCAUCAAAGCAUAGAUCUAAUAGGAAAAAAGUACUUGUUCUUUUUCUUUUGCUGGGAAUUGCACUAGUAUUUGUUCCUAGCAUCUUUGUGUUUGUAUGGAUAAGAUAUAGAAGAGGUAAAAGAGCUCCUCAAAAACCGGAUUCUUUGGCUGCCAUAACAAGAGAAAGUCAUACUAUGAACUGCUCCAAGCAACUGAUGCACUUAGCGAGAGUAAUCUGAUUGGUUCCGGGAGUUUUGGCUCUGUUUACAAAGGUGUUCUCAGAAGUGGAGCUGCCGUUGCAGUUAAAGUGUUCAAUCUGCAACUAGAUGUGGCAUUCAAGAGCUUUGCUACGGAAUGUGAAGUUUUAUGCAGCCUUCUCCAUAGGAAUCUCAUAAAAGUCAUUACUAGUUGUUCCAGCCUUGAAUUUAAGGCUUUAGUGCUUGAGUAUAUGCCAAAUGGAAGUCUUGAGAAGUAUUUGUAUUCACACAACUACUUCAUCGAUAUCAGGCAGAGACUAAGCAUAAUGAUAGAUGUGGCAUGUGCAUUGGAAUAUCUCCAUCAUGGGUGUUCGUCGCCUGUAAUUCACUGUGAUCUGAAGCCGAGUAAUGUCUUGCUGGAUGAGGAUAUGGUUGCCCACCUCAGCGACUUUGGCAUUUCAAAACUGCUUGGUGAAGAUCAGGGUGAUUUGUACACUAAAACUUUAGCAACAUUGGGGUAUAUUGCGCCAGGUAUGCCUCUUAGUUUUGCUGAUUAUUCCUUUUCUUUUUUUCCCACCUAGAAAGUAUGUUUCAUCUUUAAAUGGAUUGUUUGACUGUAAAGUAUGGACUGGAAGGACUAGUGUCAACAAAGUGUGACAUCUAUAGUUAUGGGGUCAUGUUGCUGGAAACAUUUACAAGGAGAAAGCCUAAUGAGUUUGAGGGAGAUCUUAGCUUGAAGCAAUGGGUGUGUUAUUCACUUCCAGAUGCUGUAAUGGACGUCGUAGAUGCCAACUUGGUAACCCAAAUGGGUAGUCACUUACAGAUGGAGCUAGAUGUUGUGGCAUCAAUCAUGAAAGUUUCAUUGGAUUGUUGUGCUGAAUCUCUGGCAAGAAGGAAUAACAUGAAAGAUGUUGUAGGGAUGCUACAGAAGAUCAAUAUUCAACUUCUUUCAUGCUGAACUUGUUCUUGGAAUCUGUCGUUUCAAAAUACGUUUUUGUUGCAAAAAUCUGCUGAAUUGUUGGAUUUGUGUGAAGAUUGUUCUUCUUUUUUUUCUUCUGUUUUAGUACUUGAUUUGUGGAUGUUUCUGUUUCAGAAAUGUUAUCUGGUUGCAGUAAAUUUCAUUAUUUCCUCUUAA